CAAUUUCUUUGUUCUGUGAAGUUGGCCAACGAGAAAUUUGUGGAAAAUUGAGCAAUUUCUUUCGCCUUUCUUAUACCCAUAGGAGCAAACGACUCCAUUUGAAAUUUACAGGGUAGGGGUCACGAAUUCCUCGCUUUUCUGCCCAUUCUUUCAAGGCUCAACUUGAACCCUUUGGAGAAACUUGAAUUGGAAGUUGAAUUAUUGGGAGGUUUGGUGGAUUUUGAGUAGCGUAUUCCAUUUUCCAUUUCAUUUUCUGCUGACAGAUAUAGAGUUUUUGUCCCAACGAGUCUUCUUCUCUUGUCUAGAAGAAGGCUUUCUGGGAUAUAAGCAAAUAUAUUAUAUAUCUGUCAUAUCUUAAUCUUGGGGUUCUAUGAAAAUGAUAAGAUGGGGGAUACUAUCACUGCAAUUAGCAGAGCUAUUCGUGACCUCCGUGGUUCAUUUGGCAUAUGGGUUUUACAUAUUCAGCACAGCUGUGGCUGGUGAUCUCUCUUUGGCCUUGAGUGAUUGGUUUUUCAAGCCCAAUUUGGAGAAUGGGUUGAAAGCAGAAGAUUCAAACAAGACAACCAGUGCCAAAGAUUUGCCUCCCAUUGUGUUGGUACAUGGAAUCUUUGGUUUUGGUAAAGGGAGAUUAGGUGGCCUGUCUUAUUUUGCUGGGGCAGAGAAGAAGGAUGAAAGGGUUCUUGUGCCUGAUUUGGGGUCAUUGACUAGUGUUUAUGAUAGGGCUCGAGAAUUGUUUUAUUAUUUGAAAGGAGGCCAGGUUGAUUAUGGGGAAGAACACAGCAGGGCCUGUGGGCAUUCUCAAUUUGGAAGAAUUUAUGAACAAGGGCACUACCCUGAGUGGGACGAGGAUCAUCCAAUUCACAUUGUGGGACAUUCGGCUGGAGCACAAGUAGCCCGUGUUCUGCAGCAAAUGCUGGCAGACAAGGCAUUCAAAGGACAUGAAAAUACAUCCGAGAACUGGGUCUUAAGCAUAACAUCGUUAUCUGGAGCUUUCAAUGGCACAACAAGAACCUACCAAGAUGGAAUGCAGCUUGAAGAUGGGAUAUCCUUGAAACCCAUCUCCCUGCUCCAGCUUUGCCGCAUUGGAGUGAUAAUUUAUGAUUGGUUUGACAUACCCUGGCUGAAGGCAUACUAUAAUUUUGGGUUUGAUCAUUUCAACAUCUCCUGGAAGAAAAGUGGCAUUUGGGGUCUCGUUGAUUGCCUUAUGGGAAAUGCCGGUCCAUUUGCUUCCGGGGAUUGGAUACUUCCUGACCUCACUAUCCAGGGUGCUAUCAGGCUGAACAGCCACUUACAUACAUUUCCUAACACGUACUACUUCAGCUAUGCCACAAAGCGCACGAGGAAAAUUAUGGGUGUUACAGUACCUUCCGGCAUACUUGGAAUACAUCCUCUACUGUUUAUCAGAGUACUGCAAAUGAGCCUAUGGCGACACCCUACUGAUGUCUCACCCCCUUACAAAGGCUACAGGGAUGAGGACUGGUGGGAAAAUGAUGGAGCACUCAACACUAUCUCCAUGACUCACCCUCGUUUGCCUGUUGAACACCCAAGUCAGCAUGUUGUAAAGGAUUCUGACUGCCAACCACUGCAACCAGGGAUCUGGUAUUAUAAGAUUGUGGAAGGUGAUCAUAUUCUUUUCAUUAUAAAUCGGGAAAGGGCCGGAGUCCAAUUCGAUUUGAUAUACGACGGCAUAUUUGAGCGCUGCAGGAAGCAUGUAUUUAGGAAACUACCAACAUUACCCGACAAGUGACUCUCUAGUUUGUAUGUAGGAAAGGGAAAAACACAACUCCAGUAGGCUCAGCACACCUGCCCACACCUUGUGCUUUGAGGUACGCGUGUAAGUACGAGGAAAUGUGUUGUUGGAAGACUAGUUUUGUGCAACUGAGUUGAAGCAAUGUGGUUAGUUAGGUGUUUGGCAGCCAUUGUUGAGGGAAAUAUCCAAAUGGUUGGAUGAUGUUGUUGAUUCUUGUGGGUGGGAGGGGACUAAAAGUUGAAUUAAUUGUAGGUGAUUAUAUUCUUUUAGUUCAGUUUUAGGCAGUUGUAGGUGAGAUGAGCAAUUAUAUUGUAUGGGACUUCAUCACCAUUUCCUACACUGUACUGUCUUCACUCAAAGGAUUAAUCCUUUCAAGUUUAAUAUGUAUAAAUUCUUCUAAUGCCAAGGACUCUUUAAUUUUAUAACUA